CCAGUGCACCUCCUUGCAGAUGUGAGACACUCCUCCCCCUGAUUUUGUGCUGCUGUGGCACUGCAGUUGUUUCAAGCAGAUCAGACACUUUAUAGCAAGCGGUGUUGCCCGACACACACACUUAUACACACACACAGAUAUACACACCUACACUGACUGACCUACACAUAUACACUCCCAUGGAGUAUUAUCCUAUCCUACUGCUUUGGACCUGCUUCUUGUUCCCAGGGAACAGGGACUGCUUCAGUAUUGACACGAAGAAUGCCCAGAUUAUCCGAGGUCCAAAAGAGGCUCAGUUUGGAUACACAGUACAGCAACAUGAGGCUCUUGGUCAGAAAUGGCUUCUGGUUGGAGCUCCGUUUGAGAAGACUGGUGAAAAUCAGACUGGUGACGUGUACAGGUGUCCACUGGAAAGCAGAACUAAUGCAAAAUGUUCACGACUGAAUUUAGGGGAAAUAUCCCUGAAGAAUGUAAUAGAACGCAAGGACAAAAUGAAUCUGGGGAUGUCCCUGGCCUCCAACCCGAAGGAUAACAGUUUUGUGGCUUGUGGUCCAUUAUGGUCGUAUGAAUGCGGCAGUUCCUUGUACAGUACAGGAAUCUGUUCCAGAGUGGACAGCAGUUUUAACUUUACGCGCAGUAUCGCUCCAGCCUUUCAGAGAUGUGAGACAUAUAUGGAUAUAGUAAUAGUGCUGGACGGAUCAAAUUCUAUAUAUCCCUGGUUUGAGGUGCAAGAUUUCCUAAUCAACAUCCUCAAGAAGUUUUCCAUUGGGCCAGGACAGAUCCAGGUUGGAGUGGUGCAGUAUGGAGAAAGAGUGGUUCACGAGUUUCAACUGGAUGACUACCACACUGUAGAUGAAGUGGUGUCAGCAGCUCAGUACAUUAUCCAGCGUGGAGGAGAGGAGACGCGCACAGCACUUGGAAUUAAUGUUGCACGGUCUCAGGCAUUUAAGCGCGGAGGGCGUCCAGAUGCUAGAAAAGUGAUGAUUGUGAUCACUGAUGGGGAAUCACAUGACAGCCCAGACCUACAGAAAGCUGUGGAGGAGAGUGAGAGGGACAACAUCACCCUGUACGGAAUUGCAGUGCUUGGCUACUACAACCGGCGUGGGAUCAAUCCUGAAGCCUUCUUAAGAGAGAUCAAAUUGAUCGCCACCGACCCUGAGGAGCAUUUUUUCAAUGUGACGGAUGAGUCUGCUCUGAAAGACAUCGUGGAUGCCCUGGGAGAGAGGAUCUUCAGCUUAGAGGGUACAAACCAGAAUGGAACUGCCUUUGGACUACAGAUGUCUCAGGCAGGUUUCUCCUCACACAUUGUAGAGGAUGGUGUUUUGGUCGGUGCUGUAGGAGCUUAUGACUGGAACGGCGCUGUCCUCAAAGAAACACAGAAUGGCAAAGUAAUCCCGCCCAAGUCGGCAUACCUCAAAGAGUUUCCUGAUGAGCUGAAGAACCAUGGAGCUUACCUGGGCUAUAUUGUAUCAUCCAUCGUGUCAGCGUAUUAUGGACAGCUGUAUCUGGCUGGAGCUCCUCGUUUUAACCACACAGGCAAAGUCAUCAUCUUCACCCUUACUAACUCGGGAAACCUCACCAUACUACACUCUCUAAUAGGGGAACAGAUUGGCUCCUAUUACGGCAGCGAGUUAGCUCCACUAGACCAGGAUGAAGAUGGAGUGACUGAUCUGCUUCUGGUGGCAGCGCCCAUGUUCUUCAGUAAAGGCUGGGAGAGAGGGAAGGUUUACAUCUACAGGCUGAGCCAACAGGGCCACUUUGAACUGGAAGGGUUUCUGGAGCCAUCAGCUGAAGCACUGAACUCACGUUUCGGUUCGGCCAUGUCCUCCUUGCCUGACUUAAAUGGUGAUGGUUACAGAGAGUUGGUGGUGGGUGCACCUCUGGAGAAUGACCACAGGGGGGCAAUCUACCUCUUCUACAGCCAGCACAAUGGUAUUCACCCAAAGUAUAAGCAGAGAAUAUCAGCUGUGGACAUUUCUCCAGGCCUUCAGUAUUUUGGACGCAGUGUCCAUGGUGUGAUGGACAUAAAUGGAGACGGUUUGAUAGACCUGUCUGUAGGUGCACUUGGUGCUGCUGUCUUGCUCUGGUCUCGCAGCGUGGUCCGUUUACACAUAGCUGUUGACUUUGAGCCAUCAAAGAUAAACGUGUUUAACAAGGACUGUGUGCGAGGAGGCAAAGAGGUGACGUGCAUGGCAGCCAAAGUAUGUGUCACUGUCACAGCUCGAACUGCAGUGGCAGAGCCACAAGAAGUUGCUCUUAGGCUUAACUGGGCUAUUGAUGAAAGGCGGUACAGCCCCAGAGCCGUGCUGGAUGCUGCUGAAGGACAAACAUUUUUAGACAUCUCUGUGCUACCAGGAAGCCAGCACUGUGAGCAUGUCUACUUCCAUGUGCAUGACACUGUGGACUACACUCGGCCUAUAGUCUUCAGUGUGGAGGUGGGACUUCAAGACCCUGAUCAUGGUCCGGUGCUGGAUGAUGGCUGGCCCACUGUACUGCGUUCAGAGCUGCCCUUCUGGAACGGAUGUGAUGAAGAUGAUAGAUGCGUUCCUGACCUUAUACUUCAGAGUAACACAGAUCUGCUGGACUGUAGGCAGUUCUGUGCCUGGCCGGAGCGUUCCGCAUGGCCAUUGUGUGUCCAGCAGGAGGCGUGUGUGAAUAUUGAACGUGUGGUGGAGGCCAGCAGAAAACGAGUGUUGGUGGAAGUUCGACUGGAAAACAGAGGAGAAAAUGCUUAUAACACAAGGCUCUAUAUGUCUCACUCUGAGAACCUGCACUUCUCCAGCCUGAUAGUGAAGGCUCCUUCUGACCUAGCAAUCAGGUGUCAGGCAUCAGACAGACUGAGCUUUCAGAGAAGCUGCAAUAUCAGUGCUCCGUUUAUGAGGUCACAGACCCAGGUAAAUUUUCGGUUGGAGUUCGAGUUUAGCAGAACGACCUUCCUAGAUUAUAUACAAGUUUCUCUUAAAGCCUCCAGUGAUGGUGAAGAAAGGACUGCAGACGACAACAUCAAUGUUAUAUAUCACCCACUGAGAAACGAGGCUGAUCUCCUCUUUACAAGAGAUUCUAAUCCACCUCGAUUUGAAAUCAAAUCUGAUUCUCCCAAUGGGUAUCCAGGAGUUAUUGGUCCCACCUUCAAUCUGUCUUAUCAGCUCCAGAACCUUGGUCUGUUCCCCGUGACCGACCUCCUCUUCACUCUAGAGAUCUUCGCAGUGACCAGAAACAUCAAUCAGCUUCUGUACAUUUCAGGCAUUAAUGUUGAUCAGUCAGCUGGCUCAGAGUGCAUUGCUCCACGUGUCAUUGCAGCAGGUCUGCCCUCUGAAGAAGACCUCACGCUCACACCACAGCUGAACUCAUCAACUGGUCGAGCGCUGUCUGCUGAGUGCAGGGUCUCUCUGCUGCCCCAACAGGACAUCAGUGUGACUGUGACGGGAUGGCUAAACCUCCACACAUUGCUGACAAUAAACUUCAAAGCUCUGGAGUUGGUGAUGACAGCAGCCAUUGAGUUAAACCCAAACAGUCAACUGUUCCUGCAUGAGGACAGACCUACAAGACAUAUAAUCCUGGAGAUUAGGAAGGAUGAAGAUUACAGAAUUCCCAUCUGGAUUAUAAUCGGAAGCACUUUGGGAGGCCUGCAGCUUUUGGCUCUGCUAGUUCUGGCACUCUGGAAGCUGGGGUUUUUUCGAAGGCAGAGGCGACACAAGGAAGAGCAGGAUGCCAACGAGAAAAGCAGGGAGGAGCGGUAAAGCCUUGGUGUGCUCACUCCUUCAAGGACUUUCACUCAGGGACUCUCCAGGAAGGAGGACAUGUCUUUGCAGCACUACAGCCUAUCAGAUCCUGUCAUGCACUGCUGAGCCCGCCCACUUUCUGACAGGAGAAGUCAGCUGUCGGUUUGCAGUGCUGCAAUAUGAACAUGAAUCUCUUAGAAGUUGUAACUUAUGACCGAAGACUUAAAGGUGCCAUAGAAUGCAUUUAUUCUGUGUUUAAAGUUGUUAAUUGCUGUAUAUACAGUAUAUUAAGUGUGAGAGUAUGGUUUGGGAGUAAAAUGCACAGAUAUGUUUUUUUAUGGUCAUUUGCAACCCUGUUAUUUUGCCUCAGAUUGAAAACACCCUUUUCUUUUUUGGACUUCUCACUGCAAUGGCUCACAGAAACCAUAUAGCAUAGCAUAGCCGUUUAAUACCACUGUAAGACGAAUACAGUAUUGUGAUUAUUUUUUGUUUUGUUUUGUUUUCCUAAGUGUUACCGGAUAGAGUUCGCAGUGUGAAUCAGGACUGUUAGGUAACAGUUAUUGGGUCUCAUCUCUGCCAAGAUAAAUACAGCUUUCCAUUUAAAGACAAUUUUUAAGGACCACUGUCAGAUUUCAUUUAAAUAUAAGAGUGCUGUGGGGAAAUACGCAUACACUUUACAUAAAACGUACAGUAUGUUAUAGACUAAAGAGCAGCAGAAAGAGGCUUAAAUGAAGUCUGUUUAAUACUCCACAACUUGAGCAUUAUUGCAAUGACAAAUCAAGACUUGAUACUUUUAAGAACAUUAUUUUUUAUCAACAAGUCCAUGUUGAUGCACUUACACAUAUACACUUGAACUUUGUGAACAAACAAACAUUGCCUUCUGAAAUACAGCAAGGUGAUCUAAAAUAAAAUACUCUAAAUAUAUAAUAUAACCAUGGAGACGUCACUGUGCACACAAAUACAAUGCUGCUUUGCACAUUACAUGGACUUACGCUCCUCAAUAGGCUUCUAAACUUUUAUUCUAAGAAGUUCAUACAGUUUAUUUAAUCUCUGGCCAGCAAUUUACCCUUAUUUGUGCUCAACAACACAGCAAACAGCAAAUGUUCAAAUCAUAGCAAGCCAUGGCAUGACAAGACAAAGGAUUAGAUACAACAAAGACUAAUUAGUAAACCACAGCAUGCCAGUUGGAGCAUGCAGCUUGUUAACAUUAGUGUAUAUUGAACCGAACAAAAUGAAGUAAAUCUCUAUGGCUACGUUCACAUUACAAGCCACAUUGCUCAAAUCUGAUUUUUUUGCUCAGAUGAUCUUGAUGAUGUAAUCUUGAUGAUUCACAUUCACAAAUGUAAGUCAUCUGUAUCUGUGUGUAAUGUGAACCAAUCUGUCUCUGAAACAUCUCACAUGCACACAUUGAUAAGUGUAUAAACGUCAAAAAAACGUCGUAUUUGAGAGACGACUCGUAGCUUUAUAAAGGUGAAAUGGAUGAGUUAGCAGCUCAUAUGUGGAGCAUCUUUUGCUGGUGUGGAGUUUAAACAGCUGGCCUGAAUUUCAUGUUCAUGUCGAGGAGGUGAAAAAAAGAUCAGGUGGUUUGCUUUUGCUGUUUUUGCAGCUAUAGCUGCACAGCUGCACCAAGAGACGUGAGGAUAUGAGAGAGAAGCUCGUAGCACAUGCAUAAAAGAAAAUUCAGAUUUGACUGUUCACAUUCAUGUCGCAGGUCCAUGGAUCGGAUACAUAUCCAAAUUAGGACCACAUAUGAAAGUGACUCAAAUCUGAUUUAAAAAAAAAAUCAGAUUUAGCACGUUCACACAGCCAUGAAAAAAAAAUCUGAUCUGAGCCACAUUGAGCAAAACGUCUAAUUUGAGUCACUUCAGCCUGGUAAUGUGAACAUAGCCUAUAUGUACACGAGAGCACCAUUUUAUUAUUUAGUCUACUGGAGCUAAUUUGAAUGUGAUUCUCAUAUGUUGAAGAAAACAUAAUAAAGAAAUGUUAAUUUAAUAAAAGUUUUUAGAAGUACAAGAAGCAGGUGUAGAUGGAGAAAUGUAGGGAAUAUCUUAUGAUUAAAAUUGAUUAAUGUAUUUGUACAAGUAAAGACAAAGUAAAUAAACUUGGUUCAAACU